CUUCUAUAAUUACUACACUAGUAAACUACAGGAAGUAGCAAUAUACACAAAUAUAAUAUGCAGCUUAGAGCAACAGUAGUAGCGUCACUAGCAGCAUAUGUGGCCGGCGCUGAUCUUACAGCUAGUCAAGGUGACUUCCAGCAGGUGUUCGCCAGUGCUGCAGGUGGUGAUAUUAUAACUCUGGAGGCCGGAGAAUAUGCUAUCAGUGAACCCAUAAUUUUGGACAAGAAACUUACUAUAAAGGGUGAUGGAGCUCUCUUUGUCGUAGCUGAUCUUGCUGCCCCAGUGUUUGCUUUAGGAAACAUGGAGGGAUACAGUUCCACAUUGGAUGGCGUGUCAGUAGGUACGCCGGGGGCUGAGGCUUGUAACCUUGCCGAGCCCUACGCCCUGCAGGCCAAUUUCAGUAUCGAGAUCACAGGGGCUACUAUAGCUAACAACAAGGUCAAUCUUAAGACUGAUGUCGGAGUUUGGCACAACGAGCGAAAGUUGAAUGACUUCUACUUUGCAGAUUGUCACUACGCAGUGGAUCAUCCGGCAAAGAUGUCUGGUGGUGUAUACAAACUCUUGGGUAACUGUCGCUCACAGCUAGAUUUCAGUGUGGACUUCGACAAACUGGGUGGAAGUGAUGGAUGUGGAACAACCAUUGAAGAAUUUGCUACCUUCACCUCAUACCGAGCACAGGUGGAGGCACAAUGGGAUGAGUAUGUCGAGAAGGUUGAUGAUGCUAAUGACCUCCGCCUACCAGUAACGCGUGAAGGUAACGCUGUGACGAAUUUACUAGUACAAAUUGACACUGUACGUAACGUUGCCGCUACAAUCAACGCUCAGUAUGCUUCAGCAGAGAUUGAAGCAGCUAUUAACUUAGUCGAUGUAGGAUACUACGACGGGUGGAAUCAUUCUAAAAUCCGUCUGGAGAUCCACUUGCCCGCUCCAUACACUAUAAGCAACACUCAAGGUGUUGUCGGUCGAGUAGAGGAGAGUUUCGAGGCCGCUGUAGGUGCGGUCUCACCUUAUGUAGUGGACGAAGCCUGCAAUGGGCAGGCAAUCGGUGAUGAUUGUAUUCAAAAUGUCGAAUUCGAUAUCGUCGCCUGCGAUUUGACUGGCGAAUACUCACUGAAUGAACUUAUGGUCGCUUGUCAAGAGACAGAUGAGAACGGCAACCUCGCAGAGUGCCCCAACAUCGAAUCAUCGCCAGCCACAGUCAUUUUCUUCAUCGACACGAAUAACUUCUGCGAGGUAGAGGAGUUUGAGCUAGAUGCUCUAUUCGAUUUAUCGAUUGCAGUUUACGAUUCCGAUGCCUACGACCGUGAAGAAUCCAUCUUCGACCUUGGAUCUAUGUCAUACUGGCAGAUUACCGUCGAUACUUCCGCCAGUGGUGUGUCUCUGUAUAACGCAGAGGUCACCUACGCUGAACGUACUACUGACGGCGAUUGUUCAGCAUUCGGAGAUUACCUCGGUGAUGUCUCUGGUGGGAACCCCGAUUUCACACAGACCUAUGAUCCUAUCGCACAGACCAUCUCCAUGCCGCAUCAGGUUACAGCACAAAUGGCGUGUGCCACAUCGGAUCGUACUGGAAAUGCAAUCACCAUGAACUACACAGUGCUUGUUGACUAUGAUGAUGGAUCUGCACGUCGUCGUCGUUCACUUGACGGUAUGAAUACGCGCGAAGCCGGCGAGGUUGCGGUAGACAAAGAAGCCGGAGUACGCUAUACAGAAGAGGAUCUAGCUCAAAACGCCGCUGCGGGCACUGGUACUGCAGCAGGUGCAUCCACUACAGCCGAAGAGGAAGACAACCAUAUGCUUGUUAUCGGUGGGGCUAUCGCCGCAGCACUAGUACUGUGUUGUUGUUGCUGCUGCUUUAUUGUGGCUGCCGUUGUGCUUUUGCGCAGACGAAAAGCAAAUAGGGGUCACGAGCAGUUUAUCAUCGCAAAUCAAUCUGCAGCAGGUUUCCCAGAUGGUGCUUCGGCUAUGAGCUUCCACACUUAAGUUGGCAGGGUCUGAUGCUAACAAUACAACUUAGAAAUUUCUAAAUUAGGUUCUAUCCCUAAAAUAGAUGCACUUAUAAAAUAGCUCUCAAUAAAUUAAACAAUAAAAG